CAGGCGCGUGGUGUGCGCGUGCAGCACGCGGGGGAAGGAGCGCACCUGGACCGGAGGGCAUCUGCGCGCUGCCAGAUGCUUCGGUGGAGCGGAUUGUGCGGAACUGCGACUCCGCGCUUGCCUCUUCGACUGGAUUUCGAUGAGAAGGCUUUUGUCUUUAUUCUUCUUUGGAUGAGGAAGUAAAGGAGACAGCUUUGCGAAGGCCUUUUCCUGCCCGCGAGCGCAUGCGUUGCCGGAUUUUCUCGAUAAGGCGGAGAACGGGCCGCGCCGCUCAACAUGACCGAAGGGACGGGCCUGCCGAUCAAGUGCGUCCUGGUGGGAGAUUCGGCGGUGGGCAAGACGGCCCUCCUGGUGCGCUUCACCUCGGAGACCUUUCCGGACAGCUACAAGCCCACGGUGUACGAGAACAUGGGCGUGGAGGUCUUCAUGGACGGGGUGCAGGUGGACCUGGGCCUUUGGGACACGGCCGGGGACGACAGCUUCCGCAACAUCCGCCCCAUGUCCUACCAGCGUGCUGACGUGGUGUUGCUCUGCUACUCGGUGGCCAACCGCAACUCCUUCGCCAGCGUGCAGCACCGGUGGAUCGCGGAGGUGCGGAAUCACCUCCCCCACGUGCCGGUGCUGGUGGUGGCGACACAGACUGACCAGCGCGAGGCGGGUCCCUACCGUGCCUGCUGCAUGUCCUCGGCGGACGGCAAGCGGCUGGCCCGCGACAUCCAGGCCAGAGGGUACCUGGAGUGUUCGGCGCUCAGCAACCGUGGCGUGCAGCAGGUGUUCGAAUGUGCCGUGCGGACGGCCGUCAAGCGGGCCAACGGCCCCCCGCAGAGGAGACUCCUGGACAUCAACCCGUGCCGGGUGCUUUGACUCGCGCGCUUUGCCUCGAGUCACCGAACAUCUUUUCCGCCCCGCCGUCAAACUUUGGACUUUUCCUUCGAGAACAUGGAUAGACUGAGCGCCGGUGCGGCUGGAGACGCCAAAUUUUUCGCGUCUUACCGCCUUCGGUGAAUUUUUCACACCCUCCUCAAAAUGCAGAUUUGGGCUAGGGGUAAUACCGAAUGGGUGGGAAUGGGUGGGAAUGGCGCUACACGGCGAUUCUGCCACAAAUGUGGGGCAGAACUCCCACGCAAAGCAGAACGAUUUAAAAAAAACGAAGGUGACCACUUUUAGGACUCAUCUCAAAAG